AUGCAUCAGUCUCUGCAGCCAUUACAACAGCAUGUGGUCGACCGGACAGGCUCACCGCACGGCUCCGAACACUCCCGAUUCUCUGCACCGCCGUCAUCUCUGAAUGGCUAUGAUGUCAGCAAGUCGUUUGGAUCGCCGUCGGCCAUGCAUUCGUCGCUGCAAAUACAAGACCCAAGCACGCCCAACGGCGGCAUGAUCCUCCCGAGCCUGCCAGCAAACCUGGCUCCGAGCAUGACCAUUCCUCCGGGCAUCCAGUACACCAAAAUUCCGAUGGCGAGCGGACAGCCGCCAAAGGCAUACCCCUGCUCGACCUGUGGCAAGGGCUUUGCCAGACGGAGCGACUUGGCCCGCCAUGAGCGGAUUCAUACUGGCGUUCGUCCACACGUGUGCGACUAUCCCGGUUGCGGAAAGCAGUUUAUCCAGCGAUCCGCACUGACCGUCCAUCGCCGCGUGCACACGGGAGAGAAGCCGCAUCAAUGCGAGCGUUGUGGCAAGCCCUUUAGUGACUCGAGCUCACUGGCACGGCACCGCCGCAUCCAUUCGGGCACGCGGCCGUAUAAGUGCCCCUAUGCCGACUGCCAGAAGACAUUCACGCGCCGGACGACAUUGACGCGGCACCAGAACCAUCACACGGGUACGAUCGAGGACGCUGCGCGCGCAACAGCGGCCGCGCUGGCUCGUGGCGCCUCCAACACGAUGAGCCGGCUGACCAGCCACGGGCCACGAUCGGAGAACGGUGACAACCAGGGCUCGAACCAGGGCUCACCGUUGUCGACGCCGUCGCCGGGUCAGCGGACCAUGUCCAUGUCACCGGCAAACGACCUGGUGUCGAUUGGCCAGAUGCAGCACCAGUUUCUGACCAACAGCUCUUUGCCUGUUCAUCUGCGCAACGAUCUGCACGUCGGCGGCAGCCCGACGUCUACGGCCUCGUCUGGCUACACCAACAUCCGGCCUACGUCCCAUCCGACCGGCUACGGGCCGCCGUCGACGCUGGAGCCGAGCAUCGAGCCGCAGCAGCAAGGUCCCGGCAGCGCUGGUGGCAGUCCACACAUGAGCAGCAUCGGCUGGCAGUCGCCCUCGCACAUGGCCUCGCCCUCACACAGCGGCAGCUAUGUCUAUCCCGACCCAGACUCGACGUACAAUGCGGCCUCGCUCGGACAGCUGUUCUACGGUACUUCGACCGGCUCCAGCCGCCGUCCUGGCAGUGCCGAGCCUGCAUCAGGCGCGUUUGAUGUCAAGCAGCCGCGUCAGAGCGAGCUUUGGGCUGCUGCCCAAUAA